CACAUACCUCAGUUUCAAUCAACAAAUACAUCUAAAAUAUCAUCAAUACCUAUAAAACAUGAAGUUUUCUUGCGGCACAAGAUUUGCAUUCUUGGUUCUCUUUCUCUUUGCAGCACAAUCUGUGGCUGUCUACGCGGGUAGCUUCCACAAAGAUGUGAAAAUACACUGGGGUGAUGGACGUGGAAAGAUUCGGGACAGAGAUGGAAAGCUUCUUUCUCUCUCACUCGACAAAUCCUCCGGUUCAGGUUUUCAAUCCAACCAGGAGUUUCUAUACGGUAAAGCCGAGGUUCAAAUGAAACUUGUCCCUGGUAACUCUGCUGGAACCGUCACAACAUUCUACCUUAAAUCGCCCGGAACUACUUGGGAUGAGAUCGAUUUUGAGUUCUUGGGAAACAUAAGUGGACAUCCAUAUACUCUUCAUACUAAUGUUUACACACAAGGCUCUGGAGAAAAAGAACAACAGUUUCAUCUAUGGUUUGACCCAACCGUUAACUUUCACACUUAUUGCAUCACAUGGAAUCCCCAAAGAAUUAUUUUUACAGUUGAUGGCAUUCCUAUUAGAGAGUUCAAGAACACCGAAUCCAUGGGAGUUCCUUUCCCAAAGAACCAACCAAUGAGGCUCUAUGCGAGCCUUUGGGAAGCCGAGCAUUGGGCCACAAGGGGAGGAUUGGAGAAAACAGAUUGGUCAAAAGCUCCUUUCACUGCUUUCUACAGAAACUACAAUGUGGAAGGAUGUGUUUGGGCUAAUGGUAAAUCAUCUUGCCCCGGGAAUUCUCCAUGGUUCACUCAAAAAGUUGAUUUUGAAGGCCAGAAAAAAAUGAAAUGGGCACAGAGUAAGUACAUGAUCUACAACUAUUGCACCGAUAAGAGAAGGUUUCCUCGAGGUGUUCCUGCAGUGUGCACUUAAAUUGUUUGUUCUUUUGAUUCGUGAAUAUGUUACUUGGGAUUGUCAUUGUUACUGGAAUGAGUCUUAUCUAUUAUUUUCAUUUAUUUGUUGCUCAUAUUAUGUGUGUGUGGUGAUUGUGUAAGAUUUUUUAAAGUAAUAACAAAUAAUAAAUUAUGGAAACAAGAGUAUUCGC